ACGUGUAUGCACAUAUACAAGUUUUAUUACUUACUAAUCGUCACGUGAUUUUUCGUCCAAUGAAUGCAAGCUUCACUUGAUCGCCAACGCCCGUAAUGGCGUAAUGAAAAUUUUCUGAGUGCUCAGGCUUAAAUAUUUUCUUGCUCGUUGGGUUUUAUGAACAAAGUAUCCACAAUGCCAUCAGGACAUGAUUUUAGAGUUAACUUGCAAGACCUGUUUGAGGAAUAUGCCUGGAAAAGAUUCACGGCUAGAAGAAGCAUUGUUAGUCGAAUUUUCAACAGGCGUUCGAAAUAUUACAUUGACGUGCGUUGGGGAUAUAUUGAGUUCAAACACGAGACGACAAGAUUUGAAGAGAGGCCGGAUGCAGUAGAUGGUACUCCAGCUGAAAUUUCCGUUUCCGGAGAAAGUGGUGCUAAAGGAAGUCCGAAAGUUUCAAAAGAUGUUAUUUUGUACAAGUCCGACUAUGAAAAUAAGACGCCAUUGGACCAAGAGUACAAUUUUAGCUCCACGAGGGAAACUACGAACUCAACUACUGUCGAAUUCCAAGAAUGUUAUACAAAGGGAGGGGAAUGUAACAUCGAAAUAAGUGUCCCCGGGGAUCUAGUUACGGUCGGUGCUGGUCUCAGUGGCGAGUUGUCCGUCACUGAAACCGAAAGCGAGACUUUCGAGACGACUACAUCUUGGACAGUUGACACAAAAAUCAACGUCAAAAAGGGACACAAGGCCGAAGCACAGGUUCAUGUUUCAGAGAGAAACUCAGUGGCAGAUUUCGAGGUCAAAACCACGAUGAAAAUAGUGGAUGGGAAAGAACUUCCGAUAGCCAUCCGAAGGGUGUCUGAUGAUAAAAUAGUUCAUGUUGUGGGCGUUCCGGAUUUGCAGGAUGUGUUUUACGAACUGGAAGAAACCAAUCCCAACGUUGAAACAUCCGAGUAUCUCGAUAAUUCGAGGAAACCUCCCCGAAAACGUCACAACGUGAUAUUGUACACGCGCGGAACGUGCAAGAGUAUUUCAUGGAAAAAUCAACACGUUGAAGUGCAUUCCGAAAAGAUUUCGUCGUACUCGUGCAGUGACAAUGAUUCCGUUCAAGAUGAUGGACAGUGACAUUUUCUUUUGUCCUCCAGAGUACUAGUAUUCAUUAAUACAGAUUAUGUGUGCUUUAAUAGAUGUGUACAUCACUUUAAUUGGUACUAUAUUAUUGCACAAAUCCGGGAUUUUGUAUAUAUAUAGAUGCUUGCAUGUAAAUAAUAAACUGCACUGCAGCUAAUCAACUAAACCAUGAUAAACAAAAUGUUACUGCUAAGAGGAAAAAUCACCAAUAACAUAUGAUACAUAACCAAAACUAGGAAGUAGAUUGCUUUGUUAUUUAAUGUACGUAGCACUCUUGAUAAUGGACUCCGUCCUUUCAGUGAAUUAAAAAGUCAUUCAAGCCCCGAAAUGUGCCUGGCACGUCUUUAGAAAAGGGACAUACAAAUAUAUAGGUCUCUCUUUUAAUCAUGUAGUGAAUAUUAAAUAAGCUAAAUGUUGAAGCUUUUCUUUGCUGUAUGUAAGUGUGUUCAUGGGGGAGGAGUAAUUAAUUUGAAUGUUGACCUUUGAUUUAAUGACAUGAAAUAAAAUGAUUAAAUAUUCAA